CUAGAAGAUUUUUCACCCCGCUCUCUAAUGGCAACCACUGGCACAACGGAACCAGCUCCGGUGAACGGCGCUGCGCAGUCUCCGGGAUCUGAUCCAAAGACCGAACUAUCGGAGACACCUCUCUCUGCCAGUAACGCCGCCGCUGCAGAGUCGGAGCAGGCACCAUCUGAAAAUCUUGAGUCAGAGUCCACGGCGGCGCCAGAGACGGAAGCUCCGGCGCCGGCCUCGGAGAAGAAAUGGCCGGGCUGGCCUGGAGACUGCGUAUUCCGGCUUAUCGUCCCUGUGCUCAAGGUCGGCAGCAUUAUUGGCCGCAAAGGCGAGCUGAUCAAGAAGAUGUGUGAGGAGACUAGGGCUCGCAUUCGCGUCCUCGACGGCGCCGUUGGAACAUCUGAUCGUAUUGUUUUGAUAUCUGGAAGGGAAGAGCCAGAGGCACCAUUAUCACCUGCAAUGGAUGCUGUAAUCAGAGUAUUCAAACGUGUUACUGGGUUAUCUGAAAGUGAAGGUGAUGGUAAAGCAUAUGGAGCUGCUGGUGUUGCAUUCUGUUCAAUCCGGUUAUUGGUAGCAUCUACACAAGCCAUUAAUUUAAUUGGAAAACAAGGCUCUUUGAUCAAGUCAAUACAGGAGAGCACUGGUGCAUCUGUGCGAGUACUGUCAGGAGAUGAAGUCCCGUUCUAUGCUGCUGCGGAUGAGAGAAUUGUAGAGUUGCAGGGAGAAGCCUUGAAAGUUCAAAAAGCUCUUGAAGCAGUUGUGGGACACCUAAGGAAAUUCUUGGUGGAUCAUAGUGUUCUUCCUCUUUUUGAGAGGACUUACAAUGCAACAAUCUCACAAGAUCGCCAAUCUGAUACUUGGGCGGACAAGUCAUUGUUGCAUGGUACUUCUCAGACUGGAAUGGGAAGCGAUUAUUCUCUUCCAGCGAAGAGGGAGUCUUUGUACCUUGAUCGAGAAACUCAGAUGGAACACUCUGGACUUCCAAUGUAUGGUCAAGAACAUGGACUCUCAGGAAUACGCUCUUCAGGACUUGGACGUGCUGGUGCUCCUAUUGUUACUCAGAUUGCACAAACAAUGCAAAUACCACUGUCAUAUGCUGAGGACAUCAUUGGGAUUGGAGGGGCUAAUAUUGCAUAUAUUCGCCGUACCAGUGGAGCCAUUCUAACAGUGCAAGAGAGUAGGGGCCUGCCGGAUGAAAUCACUGUGGAAAUUAAAGGCACCUCAUCCCAGGUCCAAACAGCUCAACAACUAAUCCAGGAAUUUAUAAGCAAUCACAAAGAACCAGUUCCAAGCAGCUACGGGAAGAUGGACAGUGGCUUGAGGUCUUCAUACUCACAGUUGGGCAACACAUCUUACUCUUCAUCCUCGCUGUCGUCACAACCCUAUGGUGGUGGCUAUGGAUCUUCUGGAGUAGGAGGCUACAGCAGUUACAGGCUUUGAAUGGGUGAAAAUAUGGUAAAGCUAGUGGGCAGUUUCUUUGCUUGGACUACUUUUGGAAUGUAGUCUAUGUAAAGUUCGAAAAGGUGGUUCCUGCUGCUUCUGCUACACAUAGGAGACAUCAUCUGCUGGUCUGCUGAUGAUAUUUCAGAUAUAGUGAUGGGAAGAACACAAAAUGUAAUGAAUGGGUGAAGAUUUUUGUUGGUGUCUCUAAUACUGUUUCUCUCUAGGGUGACCUUUAAUUCGCAUGAGCUUAUUGCUCUUGUGUUAUUUUAAAUCUUUGUAGAUGAUGAUUUAGGAUUCUGUUUUAUGGUUGGGAAAAAAGACUUCAAAAGAAUUUCAUGAAUGGUGGCUGCAAAUGCUUCUUAGGAUUUGUGA